CACAGACAACCUACGUAAUUUUGAUUUUGACCCUUCCACCGGAGAUGACGUUAUGCGUUUCCUCGCAGCGGAUUGGACGUGAAGCAGCUGUCCGCUCUGAACGUGGCGGGAACCAAAAGGGAUCAGUGAAGUAAACAGGAGUGCACACGCUGUGAGCAGAGAAAGGAAAUAAGUCGCUACUUUUGUAUUUGGCUAUGAGCAAGUUACGUUCAGCGAUGCACAAAAGCAAGAGAGCUGGAUUGGAGGUGGUAGAAACAGCAAAAACAAAGCGGAAGAGGUCAAAGACAGCUGUGAAAGAAGAGGAAACCACGAAUGCUUCCUCACCGUCCACAUACCACACUUUCCAUGAUCCUGCUGAUGUUGUGCUGCUGCGGUCUCAGCUGCUCAACUGGUAUGACAAGGACAAGAGAGAGCUGCCAUGGAGGACUCUGGCUGUGACAGAGUCAGACCUCAACAUCAGGACAUAUGCGGUGUGGGUUUCAGAAAUCAUGCUGCAACAGACCCAAGUUGCCACAGUAACAGACUACUACAACAAAUGGAUGAAACGGUGGCCCACAGUGCAGGAUCUUGCAGCUGCCACACUAGAGGAAGUGAACCAGAUGUGGGCGGGCCUUGGCUACUAUUCCCGAGGAAAGAGGCUUCAUGAAGGAGCUCAGAAGGUGGUGUCAGAGCUUAAGGGACAGCUGCCUCGCACAGUUGACAGCCUGCUGAAACAGCUGCCUGGAGUGGGACGCUACACUGCUGCAGCUAUAGGCUCUAUUGCACUGGGCCAGGUUGCUGGAGCCGUUGAUGGUAAUGUGAUUCGGGUGCUGUGUCGCCUGAGGGCCAUCGGAGCCGAAAGCACAAGUCCUGCGGUAACAGAGGCCCUUUGGAGUCUAGUCAAUACACUGGUGGACCCUGAGAGACCUGGGGACUUUAACCAAGCCAUGAUGGAGCUGGGAGCCCGAGUCUGCACUCCUAAAAGACCACUGUGCAGCCAGUGUCCCGUACAGUCUCACUGUCACUCUUACUGCAAGGUUCAUGUCAAACAAGAGAAAAACUCCAGGAAGCUGUUGGGGAGGCUGGACAGGAAGCCGUCAACCCUGCCUGAUAUAGAAGACUGUAUGAACAGCGGGACAUGUCCACUGUGUCCCUCCGAGCCCUGGGACGAUGAGCUGGGUGUUCAGAACUUCCCCAGAAAGCCAGCAAAGAAAGCACCUCGAGUGGAGCGAACUCUGACCUGUGUGAUGAUCAGACCUGGAGAGGAGGGAGAGGACGAAUACCUGCUCACACAGAGACCAAACAAAGGUUUGCUGGCAGGCUUGUGGGAGUUUCCCAGUCUUCUGCUGGAGGAGAAGAGCUCUGAGAUGAAACAGAAGCAGGUGCUGUGUGCUGAGAUCAGCAGGAUACUGGGAACCCAUCUGACUGAAAACCUGCUCCAGUAUGUGGGAGAGGUGGUUCACAUCUUCUCCCACAUCCACCAGACGUACGUGGUUCACAGUGCGUGUUUGAAGGACGGUGACACACAAACACAGACUGAAAAUGCACAGUGGCUCACCAGAUCCGCUCUGCAGGAAGCUGCAGUGUCCACAGGAGUGAAAAAGAUUGUGAAGCUUUGUGAUUCUGUGGACAGUCAGAAAGAACAAUCCUCUAAGGAUGGAAAGAGGCAAAAGCACGCUGACAAGAAACCACAGACCUCAAAAAAACCCAAAUUGAGUGCAGCUAACGGCGGCAGCAGACAGCUCUCCCUCAGCUCCUUCUUCAAGACAGUUAAACAGGAGUCUUGAUGGGAUUGUGUGUGAAAGUCCUACACGGUGCCUUUUCAUGCACAUGCGCCUCAAAGCAGCCCCCCAAUGUUGCCACAUUAUGGUAUUAUUGCGGUACCAUCACUGGGAAUUAAAUACAAAAUGCCAUAAACACGAUCAGUUUUUAAAUUGUUAUAAAAUGAAAACAAUCUGUAUAUUGCUCCUAUGAUAUUCCUGUAGGGACUUGUAGUGAAUCAGCAGUGUACUUUGACUUGUAAUGACCUCAUAGUAGAUCAUGUUUUUAUCACUAUAUUAUGAGUAGUCUUGCUUUGAAGUUACAUCUGUAUGGCAUCCUGAAAUGUAUUGCAGUAUUGCAUUUUAUGUCGGCUUAAUACAUGUUUUACCAGCAGUAUGUGAGAUAAUUGUCAGGUUUAUUACCACAAUAAAAAUGCAAUGUUAGUGGAAAAAAAUGUAUAGAAUUUAACUUUGGAUAAUAAAGCCCGGACACAAGGUAAA